AUGUCUACGCAAUGCCAACUAUAUUCCUUGAGAGGAAGACUUGCUUAUGUCCAAGAUUAUUUCAAGUUUACGCUUUGUCAUUCAACUUGCAGUGACAGGCCAUUCUCAGUCUCGACUUUUUGGCCGAUUGACGUGCUGUGUUGGGUAUCUCAAUCCUCAUCGGCUCUUUUGCCUGCUCCCUCUUCGAAGGCGAACGCUACAAGGAUCCUGUCGAUUCUCUUGAACUAUGUCGAGAGUACCUAUAAGAUAUACCUACCUACCGACAUUGAUGUACACAAUAUCAACCGUCAACUGUGGUAUCCAUUGUUAAUUCUUUUCCCAUUCCUGGCGUCGCUUGCCGACUCUGCAGUUGAGUAUCUCCAUGCCAAGAUUCACGUUCUCUUCAUAUCGGAUAUCCUCAAUGCCAUCGGCUUCCCCGACCUAUUGCUCCUUGACUUGUUUACUUGGAUCGCCGCUGUUGGCUAUAUCAUCGCCUACAAAGCCAUCAACAAGAAGCCGCCAUUCCCCGACAGCAACGAGAUCAACGCCUUGAUCGAAGCCAGACAAAUGCAGAAGCUGCUUCAUAUGUCUGACCACGCUGUCACCAGCAUCCUCUUGCUGGUGACCAACUAUACCAGUAUUCUCGAGGCAUCAUUCAUGACAGGCGACCAUCUAUUUGGGAAUGCGCUGUCUGUUGUCGGCUUCGCCACUGCCGGGAUGCAGCUCGCCAGCAGCAACCUCGUUCCAAGGCAUGCUAUCGAGAACAAGGUCGUCAACGAUAUAUCCUACGCAACAUCCGCCUAUGCGCUGCUAAACCAGGUCCUUCCCAGCGGGCCAAUCCAGGACAGGCUUGCCAUGUCGGGCGGCAGGUUUGCGGGUGCAGCGGCCGACAAUGGACGAGCCACCUCUGCCGUCCUUGACAGCAUCAUGGUAAUCCCCGCGCUUUUCAUCACCGGCUGGCACCUUUACGAGCUGAGCGAGAAGAAAGCUGGAAAGGAGCGAUCGGCUGCCAUUCUGGACGAGGUGACAAACCUCACGUCGUACAUCUCCAGAAUCUCGUACACGGUUGCUAUCAACGACAAGGAUCCCAUUACGAAGCCGAUUCCGAUUGUUGUCAUGGGGGCGGCGAGUUUAGUUGGGGCUGGCUUGCAGGUGGCGGCAGCUCCUCUAGCAGAUUAG